AUGGCAGGUCAUUUAGAGAAACAAUUCGAACAAUGGGCAAAUAGUAGUGAAGAGCCAGAUGAAUAUGUUUGGUUACAAUCAACAAAGAACACCAUUGAGAUGUUAUUCAAAGGUUUUGAAAUCAAUAUUACAUUCCCCUUGGAUCUAUCCGAUAUUAAAUCAUAUAAAUUGAUUUCCAAAGAGAAAUCAUGUGAAGUUUGGAUCAACAGGCUGAACACCGAUCUUCCAAACUUGAAACCAGCUACAUUCAAAGAUCUAUUGGAUCUUUCAUUAAAGUAUUUCAAGAAUCGAAAUGCAAGUCACACCAGUGGUAGUAGCGAUGUAAAGAUGUCAGAUACAGAUGUAGAUAUCGAAGAUGAAGGUGAGGAAGAAGGUAAUGAUGAAGAUGACCACAAAGAGGACAACAUGGAAGAGGAUGAGGAAGUCGAAGAUGAGGAGUUUGCCUCUGGUAGUGCAGAGGAUGAAUUCGAUGAUGAAGAUGAUCUGUUUGAAAAUGAUCAUUUCCAAGAAGCUUUACAAACAUUGAAAAUGAAAAAAGAAUGGGCAAAGAAAGAACAAUUGAUUCGUGCACAACUCGGAGAGAAGAAAAAGAAGGAUCCAAAGGUCAAUUCUAUAUUCAGUAGUGAUGCUGCAUUCGGUGUGCUCACCAACGACUUGUUCAGUAUCAUGAAGAACGUUCACACACUUGGAUUCUCUGCACAGCCAAUCGAUGACAAUAUUUAUUUCUGGAGUGUAAAGAUGUUUGGUUUCGACCCAGAGAGUAAAAUAUAUCAACAAUUACAACUAUUAAAGAAAGAGUUUGAUUAUGUAUUAUUUACAGAGGACCUCUAUCCAUUUUAUCCACCAACAUUAAAAAUCAUCAGACCAAGAUUACAAGGUUUUUUGAUUGGAAAAAUUUCUCAUUUAGAAAUACUUACUUUAGAGAAUUGGAAUCCAAUUAAUGAUAUGAGAAUGGUUUUAAAUCAUUUGAAAGAAGUUCUAGAGAAAUUUGGACAUCUCGAUGUAAAUAACCCAUUGAAUUCGCUACAGAGCACUGGUUCAUACUCGUCCACCGAACAUUUCUUGUUGAGAUUAGAGAUUCUCAGCAACAUUGUUCCACGUGCCAACCAGAAAUAUGGUUUGGUGUCGAAUAUUGUCAAGCCAGCGGUGGUCAUUUCCAAACCAAAGCAAUUGGGCGACAAGGCAUUCUGGGCCAAGGGUACAGGUUAUGGUAGAGGUGCGCAGAACGGUUGGAAUGUCGAUGCUUACGUCGCUGCACAGAAGGAGCGUGACCAGGAAACCAUAUCGCUGAUCAAUGCCAUCGAGAAGGAAAUCAAGAUUAAACCACCACCCUUUGACGUACUCGAAGAGAGUUGUCUACUCCCAUUCUUUGAGAGCUACUGUCGUGACAUUGUCCCACUGGACAUUGAGCGUCACCAAGAUCUCUUCCAAGCGAUAUUCUCACUCAUGGACACCAUAUCAAACCAUGAACAAUUCAUCCCACUAUUCUCAUUGCUUGCAUUCCAAACAAAUUCAUUGGGUGAACUACUGAAUUCCGCUAGUUUACAAAUUGAAUCUGUCUUUAGAGUAUUGGAUGAAGCUCAGAAAAAAGCAUUGGUAGCUCAAAAUUUAAUUAUAACUGUAAAUAAAAAAGUACAAACUAAAUUGAAAUCGAUGAUGGAGGAAAUCAAAAAGUUGGAAGUUGGCAGAGGAAUCACAUCGGAACCAAUCGAUACCAGUGUAGAAUUGAAAUAUGUAAAAAUGUUGAAACCACAUCUAUUCGAUGCAGCUAGUUUCACUUCGACAUCGAGUGGUCACAAUUCACAAGCUAGAAUUCUUCGUAUCGCUCAGGAGCAAGGUGGACUCAUUUCAUCUUUGCCAAUCUCGUUUGACUCGACUGUGUUUGUACGUGUCGACGAGAAGAAUAUCGACUCGAUGCAAGCGCUGAUCACAGGUCCAGCCGACACACCAUACAGUGCGGGUUGCUUCCUCUUCCAGAUAUCGUUCCCCGCUGCCUAUCCACAGUCUCCACCACAUGUCGUGCUGUCCACCACCGGUGAGGGAACCGUCCGUUUCAAUCCAAACCUCUAUAACAACGGAAAGGUGUGUCUCUCACUGCUUGGAACAUGGUCGGGUGGCGCCGGUGAGAAUUGGAAUCCAAACACCUCGACAUUGCUGCAGGUGCUCGUUUCGAUUCAAUCACUGAUUCUCGUUCCAGAGCCAUUCUUUAAUGAACCUGGCUAUGAAACUCAGAUUGGUUCACAACAGGGUAAGACAUCGUCGAUGAACUACAAUCAGAAUAUCCGUAUUGCCACCAUAGAGUGGGCUAUGACCGAUAUGAUCAGGAAGUGUCCGGCACACUGGAAGGAUAUUGUACAUGCACACUUUUGGUUCCAAAAACAAAAGAUCAAAGCCCAAUGCGACAAGUGGCUCGAAGAAUUUUUAAAUUUUAAAACAAUCAAUAGCUCAUUGAAUUCACCACUUAGAUCUAUUGAAUCAACUCCAAUUUCCACCAGUUCACCACUUUUAAUAAAAACAAAUAUUGAAAGUCCAGUACCAAUAUUAGAUAUCAAGGAUAGUAAUAGAGACUCAGUAGAUUCUAUUCAGCCAAAUGGAGAAAAAGAAAAUGAAUCUCUCAUUUUGAAUGAUACUAUAAAGGUUGUAGAAGUUAGAAAAAUAGUUUGGGUUCAUUACAGUUCUAUUUCUUUAAAGAUUCAAUACAAUGAUAAUACACAUUCAAACUAUUCAGAUUUUUACUUGGAAAUUGUCAGACUAUUCAAUUUGAUUCCAAAUGCUACAAUAGAAUUCAGAAUCAACUCGAUCAGUGGACCUACUGUUGGAAUGAUGGACUCGAUAACCAAUGAUAUGAAAGAUAUUUAUAUUGUAGAACCACCAGUGGUAGAAGAAUUUCAACAAGGUGUAUCUAUAGAAACAAUCUCAAGAAGAUUCAACCUAGAAAACAUCAGCUUGAAAAGAAAAGGAUCUAAUACAAUUGUUGCACCUCCUCUCUUAUCAGGUGAUUAUAUUGUAGAACCAGCACCUCAGGUGAAAUCAAACAUUCAAGAUAUUUCUAUUCAACAUGAAUUGGAUAUAAUUGAAAAGAGAAAAGACAUCAAUGGAAGCAGAAAAAGGGCUUUGAAACUAUUAUUAAAUGUUAUGUCUAUGAUGUCGACUGCAAAGACAAUGGCAACUUUAUUGCCAAAGACAUUAUAUGAUUUAAUCAAAUGA